AUGCGGCAGGCAAAAGACUACAUCCUCGGAACAAAUGGCAAGAUCCGUGCCGUCAUCAUUCUCAAUUGCACCUACGCCAGCCGCCAGAAGCGCCUACAGCACCUGAGCAACAGCAACACCAGCAAGCACAAGCACAAUCUGGAGCUUCCCGGCAAACUAUUCAAGCUCACCAUGACGAUCCUCCACGCUAUCACUACUCUCGAAGGAGCUGAGAUCAAGGCCGAGGAGGGUUCCAAGAAGAAGACCGAAGUCUCUCACAGCAUCAAGACCAAUGGCAAGCCCGAGCCCGAGCAGCAUCAUCUCCGCCUCGGAGUACACAUCUCGGCGGCCCACGUCCCCAUCACGUCCACGUCCACCGGCUGCCUCGCCCUCUCCCUCCACGACCUGGACCCACGCCUCCCGCGCCACGUCCCAAUCGACAUGCCCCUGCGCGACGUUUACGCGCUUGCCGAGCAGGCGGCCGAGGAGCAGGCCUUCGCGGACAGCUACUACCCCGCUGCCACGGCUUCAUCAGCGCCAGCGGGAGACAGCAAGGACCAAGGUGACGGCACGAGGAAGCAGAAGGGGCUGAAGCAGGACCAGAUUGCAGGCAAGCCGAAUGCCACUGCGAUGCGCCACUCGGUAUUGGCACAGAUCAAGGCGAGGUGUGUGGAGGAAUACGCAGGGAAGAAGAGGUUCUACAGCACGCAAAGCUGGAGCCGCACCGUCCACAAUCCUACCACUGUCACGUCGUCGUCUCUGUCUCCGAUGGUGGCUCCAGCCCCACCAGGCCAGGACUCUCGCCGUGCCCUCUCCCGGCCUACAGCAUCGGCUGGUCUCGUCGCAACACGACGACCUCUUGGUCUCGCUCUCCUUCAUGCUCGCGACGCCGCGCGUGCGGUCAAAUGGGCAGGCGGCUUGUUUUCUCGACGUCUACGAUGA